UUACCCCGGUUAUUUAUUUCCCAAACAAGCACACGAGCGCACAGGGGAGAGGGCGAGCGUCUCUGUCCGUCCUCUGCAGUUGCUCGCCCCUCUCCUUAUUUCGGACCCCGUCUUUCUCCGCGGGGAUAAGAAUUUUGGCUUGUUUUCUUUGGAUCCAUCGAUCGAUAUAACGAGAUAGAGAAGGAAUCAAGGAUGGGGAGAGGGAGGGUGCAGCUGAAGAGGAUCGAGAACGAGAUAAACAGGCAGGUGACGUUCUCGAAACGCCGGUCGGGGCUGCUGAAGAAGGCGCACGAGAUCUCGGUGCUCUGUGACGCCGAGGUCGCCGUCGUCGUCUUCUCUACCAAGGGCAAGCUCUACGAGUACUCCACCGACUCCAGCAUGGAAAAGAUUCUUGAACGUUACCGGCAAUAUUCAAAUGCGGAAAAAGCUCUUGCACAAGGAGAUCCUUGGCCACAGGGAAGCUGGUUACAUGAAUUUGGUGAACUGAAAUCUAAGGUUGAGGCUCUACAAAAAUGUCAAAGGCAUCUGAUGGGAGAACAACUUGACUCCUUAGCGCUUAAAGAACUUCAACAACUGGAGCAACGGCUUGAGAGUGCUUUGAGACAUAUAAGAUCGAGAAAGCUGCUACCAUGGCAACAGAACCAACUUCUAUUUGAUUCAAUUGCUGAGCUUCGGAGAAAGGAGAAGUCAUUGCAAGAGCAGAAUUGCAUACUGGAGAAAAGGAUCGUGGAGAGUAGUGCCAGGGCUCAGAACGAACAUCCACACUGCGAACGACAAAGCCAACCUCGGACAAGCUCUUCGUCACCACUUCCCUUCCUAGUAACUGACUCUUUCCCCACCCUACACGUCAGAUCGAAUCAAGCUAGAGGCACUAGUUUGCCUGCAUGGAUGCUUCGCCACGUGAGUGGGUAGAUCACUCUCUUAACGUUCAGAAAUUUCUAGUACUGCAUCUCAGGAAUGGUGAUGUCUGUCAUGGGUCAGACCUCUCCGUUCCAUCCCGUUCUGCAGAUAUCUCUAUGGUAUGAUGGUGUGAGUCCUUCCAGCUAUAGAAGCCAAGUCUAAAUCCUACACAAGCUAUUCUUGGAUUAGAAUCAGCUCCACUGUUUAUCCUUAUGUGAUAUAAUAUGAGUUGGCUUUGGAGCUCAAAGCUUGAUUAUGCUAUCUAUGUAUAAUAUUUAUGAAACGUUAAUCCAUGUUGUUUCAUAUAUAGUGUUUGCCAGAAUAAGUAGAGUGUAGAAAUCACUGCUGUUAUUAGAAUGUAAGAAUGUAGAGAAAACUAUUAUGUCAAAAUAUGCAAGGAAUGUGAGUUUUUUUCCUCUGUUCU